UGCAGCUAAACGUCUGACUCCUUCUCUGACAGCUUUGGUUAACCUGAGAAUGACUUUAGGAGCCUGGCAGAGAAUCUCCCCCUUUCCUUGUCUCUCCUGCUUUGUCUCUCCUCUCUUGUCUCUUCCUGUAUCUCCACCUGUCCGUCCUGGAUGCAGCCUUAGCUCACCUGACAGUCAGCUGGUCAGAGCCCUGCUGUCUGUGUGUGUGUGAGCAGGAGCUGGGCUAGUGCUUCAUGUCCUGGAUGUAUAAUGAUCAUUGUCUGUUUACAAUCGCCGGAGCCCCCUCUGAGGGCUUUAGAGCAGCUUAAUAACUCCCAUCUGGCAGCCGAGAUAAACCCUCAGUCCCCCAAGUAAUGAACAGGGAGCGUGAGCCGAGCAACAGAAACUGCGUCAAAUCGAACCAAAGCGACCUCCUCUUCCUCAACAUCACAGAUGAGUACUGACCUCAGUACUGACGCCAGCUCACUGACAUGAGCUGCAGUCUGUAAACCUCUGUAGUCAUGACUCUGAGAGUGGACCUCGAUGCAGAGUCAGAUCAACAAGAAAGGAUGUGGAGGCUUCUCCUGACUUUGAAGAAGAAGACUCAUCUUCUAUCUCAUCAAAGGAUUCUUCUUCAUUCAUGAGAGCUGGAUUCCAACACCUCCAAGUUCUUCAUCUUUAUGACCAUGUCAACCGUGAGACCAGCGAUACUAACACUAAUCAAUCAGUCUAUUAAGUAUAUACUGUUCUAUUUCGAGUUUUAUUUUGUAGAUCUAGCCAUGGUUAGCUAGCCAGAAAAGAAGCUAGCUAGCUAACAGCUAGUUAGCAUUGCACAUAUUUCUCCUCCUACCUAGUAAUGGAUUACCACUUCACUGCUGAGGAAAUGGCGGCUGCUUCAGGGAUUGAAGAUGAAACUUUCCCUGAGAUGGGCUUCACAGAAAGUCCUCCAGAGUCGCACAGCAGCCGCAUAAGUCUCAGGUCCAGUCCUCGUCCUCAGAAGUCUGAAAUGCAGGAGGUGAAGUGGCCUCACACAGCGUCUGUCUUUCCUGAAGUGACUCGGGUCUAUGACGGACCUUUGAACGGAUCAGUAGAGUCAGAUCAGCAUCAUAAGCAGCCAGGUCGCUCGCAGAGGACAACGAACCAGAUGUGUCCUGAAGCUUCACAUUCUGGGAUUUGGACCCUCAGCGGAGCAGAGUCUCUAAAAUCUAGACCCAGUCCAGACAGAGAGCUGAGGACACCUGAGGUCAAUGAGUCCAGAAUCGUGCCUCUGACUUACCCCACGCCAGAUUUCUCUAAGGUAAAGCCCAAGGUCCGUCUCCCAAUAGGUGAUUACAAGCCCCCUGUGAGCAGAGGCUCCUCCAUGAGGGAAUCCCUGUCCUCCCACAUAAUGUACAUGUCUCCUGCUGACAUUGUGAGGGAAGUACUACUGAACACCACUGACAGAUCCCCUGACCCAUCUGCCCCCAACUCCAAUGGGCCUCAGGACUUCAGAUCCCGACAGGAGGCCAUCACACUGGUCGAGCAGCUACAGGAGGACCACAACAGACUGCUGACUAAACACGCUGAGGCGAACAACACCAUUGAUCGUCUGCGUCUGAAGGCAAAGGUGGACCUGUACUCUGAGCCUCCACAGCCCGGCCACUCGGUGCAGUCAGGGCUGAGCCACGACUCCUCAAAGGUCAUGACCCUGGACUUCCCUCGGGCUCAGAGAGCAGAGAUCAACUCAGGUUCUCUUCAUCCAGACGGACACCGCGCUCCUCCAAGCCCCUACGUGGGAGAGCAGCUGGCCGAGAUUCUCCACACUCAGACUGACGAGUUCCUCCAGCAGCUGCAGAUUUAUGAGGAUCUCCUGAAGAGAAAACAGCUCAAACCUUCUGAACAGAUGAAGGGCCUCUCACAGCUUAACGAGGGGCUCGACUCUUUAGAAAGGGGGUUCCUGUUUGCGAGGGACGAGCACAAACUCCUGAAUCAGAGAGGGGAAGACGUCGGCCACUUUGACCAACAACGAGAGCUGGGGGGGCUGAUCUUCCAGUGUGGAAUGCGUAUGGAUGAGCUGAAGGAGCAGGCGGAACAGAUGAGACAGGACCAGCCCACCUGUGAGGCUCCUCCCUCUCCGCCUCCUCACCCCACCCCUCCGUCUGCUCCCUCUGAAGAUGGGAGAUGGAGUCUCCCACAGAGCCCACUUGUGCCUCUGCUGGUGGAUCCAGGAAGAGCAGCAGAGCUGGAGGUGAGCCCAGCCACUGAAGAGAGUGACGAUGAGGAGACGGGCGACGAAGAAACUCUGAGAUGUCAGUAUCUCAAACUUCUGACUGGAAAACACAGACGUGCUGAACAAGACUUUGCUGCACUAGCUGAUCACUAUGGAAGCUUCCAGGAACUUCCCAGUACAUUUGAAUAUAACCUCAGGGAAGCAGCUUUCUUCUCUGGGACUUUAGGAAGCCACGAGCGGCCUGGAGUCGAUGAGACAGAGAGACAGAGGAUUGGAAACAUGGAUGAACGGAGGAAAUCAGAACCACACUAUGAGGAAUCUCCUGUUGGCAUCAGAACGCAGCGGAGCAGCAGGUCCAGUCCGUCUUCACAUGCAGACUUGAGUCCACCCGCCUCGCUCCCUGUUCCUCCGCCCAGUGGCCACAGGGAGUCAGAGAGAGAGAGGUUUCACAGUAGCAGCUUGAGCAGCCUUGGAGAGACUCCUGCAUCGGAGAGGAGGAACUCCAAACUCCAACCUGGGAGCAGCAGAACACUUUCUCAGCAGGAUGGUGUCAUCUCUCCAGAGACGGACAGCGGGUUUAUUGGUUCAGAAAGCUGCCAUCUGACUCCUGCAGCUGGCCCCAGUCCUCUCCACCAGGGGGCGUCACAGAGCGAUUUAGUCCAUCAGGACGGGAACACAAGGAAACCUCAGGCAGUCUCAGCAUCGUCUCCUCCUUCCUCACCGAUACACCGACUCACAGGUGCAGAGUCCAGAGGGGCCUCCUGGGCCCUCAGCCCCGAACAGACGAGCAGAGGCAGACAGAGGAGGCGCAGCUCCUCCUGCUCCCCACAGCGCUGGGUCAGUCAGGCAGAGAGAACCAGGGCCGACAGAGGAGCCAGACUGGAGAGUGACAGCAGUGAGUCUCGCACUGUGUCUGAGGACGGACAUAGUGACCAGUUCGCAGGUUCCCUCAGCUUCCAACUAAGCUCCUCCCCCACAACACCACGUCACCAUGGCAACUCUCUCAGAGCUCUGGGACCCAGAGUAGUGGCGGAUCGCAAUGCACUUCGGACUCUGGAGGCCCAGGUCAUCAGACUGGAGGAGAUAAUGCAUCGCCUGUGGAAUAAGAAAACUCCGAGCCCUGUGAGAGCAGCUCCAUCAACUCAAGAGAACCACACUCACCUCUACACAUCCACACCUCGCAGCAGGCCUGAGGAGAGAUGUCAGAGUAACGUCAGGAAGGGAAGAAGACAAAGACAAAUGGCUGAAGAGGUGGAGGAGUGUAUACUGAGACCAACGGCCAGAGAGAGAUCACCCUGUGUGGACAGACGACCACCACAACGUGACAUCUUUGCAGGUUCAGAUCCGGAGACCUUUACAUCGCAGCCUCAGCCUCGGAUAUCCAGACGCACUCAAACAUCCUCUGCAGCACCAGGCAGCUGCUGCUCACACACAAAUACUGUCCAGAGCAAUAAAACCCACCCCAGGCAGCUUCCAGCCGAGUCUAUUCAAGCGUCAAACACAGCAGAUGAACCUGACCUCAGAAACCAUCCACCUCCUGUUCUUUGUGUCAAAUGUUCGUCACGUCUCCGAGGACGAUCUGCUCGUCCAGCGGGUGGCAGCAGCGAGUCAACCCCCUCCUCGUCCUCCUGCUCUCGUCACUGUCCUCUCUGUGGAUGUCUUCAACCGAAGAGAGACACUAAGACAGACUGUCACAGAGACUCCGCCCCACGCACAAGCGGCCAAUCAGCCGAGUCCCCGGACAGAGCGGCGAGGAGAGGAUACCACGCAGCUCCUGCUCCGCAGCAGUGCAUGCUGGUCGGCCCUCCACUUCUUGUGUACUCACAGCCCGUCCACGUGUCUCCUAGCAACAACCCCGGCACAUCCUCAGGGGUCAGGGGUCACAAGGAGUCGAGGGGGAGGAUGAGACGCUCCAGGUCUGUCGAUGGGCAGAACUCCCUGGACGUCUCGCUGGACAGAGCCAUCAGAGUGGCUCAACACAUGAAGCAGACCUCCAGACACAUGGCUUGCUCUCUGGCUACUGGGCUGCAGUUUCAGGAACGGCUGACCCAGUCUUGCAGACGCUAGCCGAACUCACCUCAGAGACGGAGCAACGAUAACUCACUAGACUGGGUUCAGCUGCAGAGACACGAGCUGAAUGAAGGACCUCAUUGAAUAAGAAUCAAAAAUCGUCCUCUUCUUUGUGGAUUCUCUUUGGUUUCAACCUUGAGAGAGAAUUUGUUGAAGCUUCUUUGUUUUUAAAUGUUAUUUAUGGCAACAUUUAAAUCUCAAACAUGAAUUUAUUUGAUCAGUCAUAUUGAUUUCAGAACAGGUGCUGGCGUAUGUUCGUAAUGAUUUUCUAAAAUGAUGCAGAACUGUAGAUCGGCCUGAAAAUGUCUUUGAUCAUAUUGAUUUUUUACAGACAUCAGUUUGUUCUUUGUUCACCUGACAUGAGAAAUUCAAACUGUCUUUAUAUGAUGGUCAUGAGUUAAUACUCAUUUGUUGGUCAUGUGAUUUUAUAUUUAAUGAUCAUGUGACCAUUUAUGUCUAGUCAGUCGAAACAAAUUGUUUAGUAGUUGUGUUGAGCCACACGAGCAGUAUGGAGGCGUGUUGUGUUUGGUUGAACUAUCCCUUUAAUCUUUAAAGUGUAGUGAAUAGAAAUCUAUAGUCACAAAACCUCCGAUGCUGGAUAUCCUCUAGAAGUUAUUUUUCUUUGUUGCUGUUAAAAUAAUUGUUCAUGUCUAGACUAAAGAUUAAAAAUUAUACAGUUAAUAACUAAAUUCUGUGCAUCAGUUACAUCUUAUGCUUGUAAAUACACAUGUGCCAGAGUCUCCUGUAACUGAACUUCACAUUCCAGCACUGCACUGAUGAGAAUACAAACAGAGACAUACAAUUAUUUCUACUGAUAAAAUAUUUAUAUGUGGUUUAAACAUACCACGUAUUUUCAGUAACUUCUGUGUUUUGUUAGUGUCUAAUCCUUUUUUACUUUUGUACAGUUGUUUUUCAAAUGAUUUUAAAAAAAUAUUUUUGCAGGGAAUCUUUUUAAAUCUCUCUAAUGAGCAAUAGUAAAAAAAAAAUAACACAAUGUUUGUGUGAUUCUGUGUUUUGUUUUUAAAAUCAUGCUAUAAUGUUAUAAAUGCUCUACAAUAAAUAUGCCAGCUUGAAGGCUAAAGUGA